AGCUUUAAAUGCACCAUUACAUCCCCGACCCAGCGCCCUCUGCGUGGGAGGCUGAUUUCCAGUUAGACAAAUUAAGACGGCAGACUAGCAGGAAUGAAAAGGCGAUGGGAUCCGACUGUGGCCCAGAUAACACCACCUCAGAUGGGACGACACCAAAUAAUGCAAUUUCGGGCGCGGGCCUUAUCUCUUUGUCAUAGAUAGAAGAGAAUGUGUCAAAAACUGAGGACCAAAACUGUACCAACUUACUGUGGGUAUACAGCAUAAUGCCAUGUCCAGUUGCUCUGAAUCAAAUGUUUAAUGGUGGGAACGGUGUCGGUUGAAUCCAAUGCAUUGAUCUGAGGUUGUGCUACAGGUACAGAUGAGACCAUAAUCAAAUCUCCAUGAGCAGCUGGAGGGACUGCGAAGACUGUGGGGCAGUGGUAUAAAGAAAUGGGCUAUAAACUGGAGGACACACGGCCAGACAUAUUUAUAGACAGUGAGAAACUGAUACUGAGAGUGUGCAGCAGAAGGCAGAGGGACAGACACAGAGAGAGAGAGAGGGAAAGAAAGACAGAGGGAGAGAGAGAGUGGGCAGGGCUCUAGGUAUGUGAGAACAACAGCACGCUGGGCCAGUGGGACAGAGAGGGGGAGUCAGACGAAAGGGAAGGGGACAGGAAGAGGAGAGUGCGUGGCUAAGUGCCUGUAAGUGUGUGCAUGUGUGUGCGCGUGUGAAAUCAGACCGACCCCAAGUGCAAGAGUGUGAUCAAGAGAGGGAGAGAGAUGCUCGAAGAGGAUGAGGAGUAGCAGGGCGAGGCAACAGCGAGGCGGCGAUGAGAGUGUGAGUGUGUGAGUGUGUGUGUGUGUGUGACAGGGAUAUUGUGUUAAAACAGAGGGAUGCAGUCAUGUCUCUGUGAGAGGGAGCAGCACAGCAACGGUAACCAUGCUGAGCCCCAAGAUAAAACAGGCACGCCGGGCGCGAUCCAAAAGCAUGGUGCUCGGGGAGCUGACGCGGCUCUCCAGGCCAUGUUCGCCUCUGGACCAGGAGAAAGCGCUGAAGGCGGGCUGGCUGAAGAGGCAGCGGAGCAUCAUGAAAAACUGGCAGCUGCGUUGGUUCGUCCUGAGGACCGAGGCUCUGUAUUACUACAAGGACCAGGAUGAAAGCAAGGCACAGGGGUGUAUUCCUCUACAAGGCUGCCAGGUAAAUGAGGUGCCUGCCAAUCAGGACGAGCCUGGUCGGCACCUUUUUGAAAUUGUUCCAGGGGGAGCUGGAGAAAAGGAUCGGACCGGUGUAAGUCAUGAAUCAUUCUUGCUCAUGGCCACUUCUCAGAGUGACAUGGAAGAAUGGGUCAGAGCCAUACGUAGAGCUAUAUGGGCUCCACUCGGUGGAGGUGUCUUUGGGCAGCACCUCGAGGAGACCAUGUUGUAUGAGGCCCAGUGUGGUUCUCAGCGGCUCGUCCCUGUGCUGGUCGAACAGUGUGUGUGCUUCAUACGUGAGCAUGGACUCAAGGAGGAGGGCCUCUUCAGGGCCCCCGGCCAGACCAAUCUUGUUCGAGAACUGCAGGAUGCCUUUGACCGUGGCGAGAAGCCAGUGUUUGACAGUUCCACAGACGUCCACACGGUGGCGUCACUGCUAAAGCUGUACAUCCGAGAGCUGCCGGAGCCUAUGAUACCGUUCUCCAAAUACACGCAGUUUCUGUCUUGCGCUCAGUUUCUUACCAAGGAUAAAGAAGUGGGUAUCGUGGAGCUAGGCAAACAGGUGAAAUCCCUUCCUCAGGUUAACUACAACCUCCUCAAAUACAUCUGCAAGUUCCUGGAUGAGGUCCAGUCUGAGUCGAAUGAAAAUAAGAUGAGUGUCCAGAACCUGGCCACCGUGUUUGGACCCAACAUCCUACGGCCCAGAGUGGAAGAUCCAGUUACCAUGAUGGAGGGAAGUUCACAGGUGCAGCACCUGAUGACUGUUCUCAUCAGCGAACAUUCCCGACUCUACCAACAUGAGGAGCCAGAAACUGAGACGAAGAUUCCUUCGAUCCAACGGUGCAGAGUGGAAUGGGUUUCACAAGAAGACCCCGAGUCCAUACCAUCCUCAGGCAGGAGAUCCAAAACCCCUACGGAAAAACCCCAGUCUUCUACACCUCCACCUACCGAUAGUGCACUGAAUGCUCCAAGCCCUGUUACAUCAGACAAAGGUGGGGAUGGCUGCGGUGAAGGGAAAGGCAGAGGCAAGGCAGAAGACAAGGUGGAUGGAAAAGCAGAUGGCAAAACUGAAGGUCAGUGUGGAGAUGAGGUAGCUGUUAGUCCUAGUAAGCAAUCUAAAGCUCUGCCCUCUUGGAGGAGUUCCUUCAAGGGCGGUGCAGCCUCCGGGGGCCCAAGGGGGAAAAUAGGGGGGUCGGCAGGGGAUGUGUCAUCAGCUGGUGGGAGCAACUGGCUGAUGAAUGGCUUGUCGUCCCUCCGUGCACACAAGCGCACCACCUCGUCUGGCGAAAGGCUCAAAGACUCUUCUCUGUCUCUAAAGGAUUCAACUCUCUCCCUUAAAGAAACCACCCUUUCACUUAAAGACUCGCAGAAAGACUCCGAUGAAGACUCCUCGCGAACGCCCCUGUCGCACAGAGCCCUCCACCAAUCCCACAGACUGUCUGCCUACGACAAUGUCGCCCCCUCCAGUCUAAGCCUGCCUGCUGACACCUCCUCCAUCUGGACGUCCUUCGAGAUCCCGUUAUCUGAGCCAAGCGGAAGUGAUAAGGCAGUGAAAUUAGAACAGGGUCCAGAGAGACCCACAGAGGUGAGGGACAGUACAAACACUUUGGAUCACAGUGCAAGCGGCAACGAGGACGAUGUCACGGGAACAAGCGAAGAUUUGACGAGCAUGCUGACCCAACUCAAGCAGGAGCUGAAGCAACAGAGGACUAGUUAUGAAACCUGCAUUCGCAAGUUGGAGGAGUCUUGUUCCAAGUACCAAUCCCAGGUCAACCGUCUGGAGGAGGAGCUCGACCAGGAGAAGAAGAAGUUUCACAUGCUGGAGAUCCGGCUCAGGAACUCGGAGCGGGCACAUCAAGAUGCAGAAAAUCGAAACAUUCUCCUCCAGCAAGAGAUGGAGGAAUUCUUCAAAACACUCGGAGAUCUGACCACAGGUGCAACGCGGACCAACUAGACCACCCUGCCUUCAUCUGGUCCUUCAACAGAGGAGAGGGAGCGAAGUCACUGGGAAGACCAACCAGCCCCAAAGCUUUGAAGACCAAAUACCUCUAGUGCAGUACUAAUCGCCAUCCUUCUCUCUUUAGUACAGCUGUCUUGUGCCUACACUGAAAAGUGCCGGUGCCAAACGAGGACUCCACUGGACCAAUCAUUUUGUCAUUCCACAAAAUACCUACUAUUACACAUAACAGGUCAUAUGGUUAUUUAAUUACUGACUAAGAAAAAACUUGAGAACAAUGCGAGGCAUUAAAAUUCAACUCUUUAUUUGCUGGAGUUGAAGGUAGACAGUUUCCAUUUCUGUGUAUAUAAUCGGUCUGUUAGUGAGGCAAUUUCAGAUCAAAGGGUUAACUUUUUGCUGACAGUGUUUGACCAAACCAUUAGAAAACUGCAACAUCACCCCAAUGGUGCUGAAUGGCUUUCCUUUUCUUUCUUCUAAAUGUACCUGCACUAAUACCAGAUUUGCUCAGAGAAAACUCAUGCGUAGUCUAUUCUAUCAGUUCUAUUUUGGAGGUGGACAAGGGGAAAAAAUCACAAAAAAAAAGAGAGAGCCACAACUACUCAGUUGAAAUGUGGCCAAGAAAAGGGUCAGGACAUGCGUCACAAUCCCCAAAGUGCAUUCUGGGAGCUGAUGCUAGGGGUUACUGUCCGGAGUGCCCAACCAUGAAAAGGGCGAAAGGACAGUUUGGGAAUUUGAGCUACUGAAUACAUCCAAAGGUUACCAUGGUAAGUAGCAAAUGUGUUUCCUAACUCUCAGAAAACACUCAUACAUCUACAGUAAAAUGUACAGAUUUAUCACUGACUAUACUAAUCCAUGAAUUAUACUGCUCAGAGAAAAAAAAAAUGCAUAUAAAUAGUACUUCUGAAUGAAAUGUACAUUACAUACAGACACGUCCUGGCUUGAAAUAAAUAAAUAAAUAAUACAGAAAAAAACUAGACCUCUGAUCGCAUUCUUACAUACCGUUAUUGUUAAAAAUGUGUGUUUUUUUGAGCGUGUGCACGUGUGAGGUAGAACACAGAAAGACGCCCCCACAGACGGGAGGAGCAACUGCCACGUAGAGUACUGAAACAAAUCACUUAACUGAGUAAGGGCACUUAAAUUAAAUAUCUUAAAUAUCAGACAGCUGUGAAUAAUGUCUGAAAGAACCUGGUAAAAUACAAAGUGACUAACUUAGGCUUAGUCUCUGGUGACAGUCCCCAUAUUAAGGAGUCAAGCAGUCUGGAUGGCCCGUGUUAGCGCUAACAGUAACCACUGGCUCUUUAGGAUUCCACAUUUCUAUUCACUUACAUUCACCCUGUUUUUGCUCAUCCGACAGACCGUCACCUGCAAAUUACAUCCAACUAAAUAAAGAUUUUUUUUUUGUCAGUUUACAGUAAAAAAAAAAAAAAAAAAAAAA